AAAGAGUUCAAAAAACUUAGACAUAAAGCAAUGUUUUAGAAAUCGCUAGGCGAUAACUAGGUAUUCUAUAGAGGACUAGUGUCUAGGCAGAUUAUUCGGAGCUUAGACGGGAACUAGACAUUAAUGAAUUAUUGAUUUAUUUUAUAUACAUUUUACAUUUAUAUAAGAUAUUUUAAAUUUUUGGUUCAAUAAUAAAUUAUUCUGAUAAAAUAUCAAAAUUAGAUAUACAAUAUAAAAGAAAUUAAACAGAUUUGUAAAUUUUUACUAAGAUUCUUAACUAAGUUAACAUAUUUAUACUAAUUUAAAUCGAGUUAAACUGUUUUAGAAUAAUUUAAACCAAUUUAAAAUGGUUUAAACUGAUUUGAAUCAUAUAAAUCAUAUUUUAAAAAAAUCGUUUCGGUUAGAGAGGAUUCGUCACCUAGACCGCUUUUUAAAACCAUGGCAUAAUGUAAUCCAAAUAUUUAUCACAUUCAAUUUCAAUUAUGAAAUUGUUAUUACAAGGUCCUAUUUGUAAUAAAACAAAUAGUGCAAAUUAAAACAAAAUUAAAGAAAUAAGAGCGCAAAUUGUCUGUAAAAAACAAAAGAAACAGUCUUAAAAAGACAGUCAAGUAUCCACUAAAGUAGGGUUUAAAGAACAUAAUUUAAAAAAAAAACAAAACCACUUCCCCUAUUCGUAAGCCAAGUUAAAUCUCAAACACCUCAUAUCACAAUCCAUACCUAAUAAUAGAUCACUAAAAAUCUUGUAUAUAAGAAGCUCACAACCUCAAGUUUUAGAUCAAACGCUUCAAGUUUUUGUUUGAAUAACAAAGCGAAAGGCAAUAAGUAAUAACUAACGACUAACUAAUAAGUCAAGAAUAACGUAAUAAUGGCUGGAGGAGCAUUUGUAUCAGAGGGUAGUGGAGGAGGAAGCUAUGAAGGUGGAGUCACUGGUUUUGUCAUCAUGACAUGUAUCGUGGCCGCUAUGGGAGGUCUCCUCUUCGGUUACGACCUUGGAAUCUCAGGAGGAGUAACAUCAAUGGAGGAGUUUCUAAGCAAGUUUUUCCCGGAGGUUGACAGGCAAAUGCACAAUGCUAGACGCGAGACGGCUUACUGCAAAUUUGACAACCAGUUACUCCAGUUGUUCACUUCCUCACUCUACCUCGCGGCUCUCGUCUCUUCCUUUGCAGCUUCAGCUGUCACAAGGAAGUACGGACGCAAAAUCUCCAUGUUUGUUGGUGGUGUUGCUUUCCUCAUAGGUUCUCUAUUCAAUGCAUUUGCAACGAAUGUUGCAAUGCUCAUCAUCGGUAGAUUGUUGCUUGGAGUUGGUGUUGGGUUCGCUAAUCAGUCUACACCGGUUUACCUCUCAGAGAUGGCUCCUGCCAAGAUCAGAGGAGCGCUCAACAUCGGUUUUCAAAUGGCAAUUACUAUCGGAAUCUUGAUAGCAAACCUAAUCAACUACGGAACAUCUCAAAUGGCUAGGAACGGAUGGAGAGUGUCUCUAGGUCUAGCUGCUGUUCCAGCAGUUGUAAUGGUCAUUGGAUCUUUUGUCUUGCCAGACACACCAAACUCAAUGCUCGAGAGAGGCAAGUACGAACAAGCGAGAGAGAUGUUGCAGAAGAUUCGUGGAGCUGAUAACGUAGACGAGGAGUUUCAAGAUCUUUGUGAUGCUUGUGAGUCUGCUAAAAAAGUGGAGCAUCCGUGGAAGAACAUCUUCCAAGAAGCUAAAUACAGACCAGCACUUGUGUUCUGUUCUAUGAUUCCUUUCUUCCAGCAGUUCACUGGUAUCAAUGUGAUCAUGUUCUACGCUCCUGUUCUGUUCAAAACUCUUGGUUUCGCAGAUGAUGCCUCGCUCAUCUCCGCGGUUAUUACCGGUGUGGUCAAUGUUGUCUCUACUCUUGUCUCCAUCUAUGCGGUUGACAGGUAUGGAAGAAGGCUCCUCUUCCUUGAAGGUGGCAUUCAAAUGAUCAUUUGCCAGAUCAUUGUCGGAAGCUUGAUCGGUGCGAAGUUUGGAACCACAGGAUCAGGGACCUUGACACCUGCAACAGCAGAUUGGGUUCUAGCUUUCAUAUGCAUUUACGUUGCAGGGUUUGCAUGGUCAUGGGGUCCAUUAGGAUGGUUAGUGCCAAGUGAGAUCUGUCCAUUGGAAGUAAGACCAGCGGGACAAGCCAUCAAUGUGUCUGUCAACAUGUUCUUCACUUUCCUCAUUGGACAGUUCUUCCUGACGAUGCUUUGCCACAUGAAGUUUGGUCUCUUCUACUUCUUUGGAGGAAUGGUUCUGAUCAUGACCAUCUUUAUCUACUUCUUGUUUCCGGAGACAAAGGGGGUUCCUAUUGAAGAGAUGGGAAGGGUGUGGAAGGCGCAUCCGUUCUGGAAACGUUACGUCCCAGAUGAUGCUGUUAUUGGAGGAAGUGGAGAGACCUAUGUCAAGGAGGUUUAAGAAGCAAAGUCUAGGCGUUGGUGUUUGCUUAGGUGUUGGUGCUUGGUUGCUUUUUUCAAGGGAAUAAGCCAACAAGAUUUGAGAAUCUGCAGGCGAGAAGAGGAGAAGAAGAACAAGAAGAAUGGAAACUGUAACAAAAAAAAAGAGUCUUUAAUGUUGAUUUCUUUUUUUUAAUUGAUUCAUUUCCAAUAAAUCCAAGCAGAGUUUUCUAAUUUGCAUCAA